AGAAUAUAUGAAGUCCAUUCGGACCGUCCACAGUGGAUGAGACCCACAUCUAAUGCGGGUAGGGCCCAUAUACCCGGAACAUUACAGCCUCGCGGCCUACAAUAUAAAUCCCUUCCCGAUGCACACUGUCCACUUUCUUAAUUUCUUGCAUAUCCCCAAACCACAAUCAAAUUUCUAUUCUCUGAUUUCACAUACAGGUUGAAUCUAGGGUUUCUAUCCGGGUAUUUAUGUUUCUUGAUCCGUGUCUGGUCGAAGAAAAAUCCCAAAUUUGCUCUUUCCCUGUAUAGAAUUUCAUUAAAUCGAGUUUAAUUCUCGCUGAAUACUUGGAGCUGUUAUCGCUUGAUGGCUGACACUCAGGAAGAUUCUAAGUACAGGCCCAAUUAUGGCUUGAAUCAAGGUUUCACACAGUCUCAGAUUGUUGGAAAGUAUGCUGACGAGGAUGACGAUGAAGCAGAAGAAGAUGAUGAAGAACAAGAACACGAACAAGAAGAAACAGAUGUUGGUGAUAACGAAAUGAACGGUACUUCUACUCAGCAGAAUGGAAAUGAUAAUGAUCAUCAUCAUCAAUAUGAUGAUGAUGAUGAAGAUGAUGAUAACGAUGAUGAUGAUGAUGAUGAUGGUGAUGAUAAUACCAGAAGAAUGACCAGUGUUAACCUCCAAAGACAUCCAAAGAAGCGGAAAUUGAAGAGCUUGUUAUCAAGUUUUGAAUUUUCACCUCGAGUGGCACCUCCAUCAUCAGUGGCCCCACCAAAACCAUCAUUUGGUGGAAGAAACACACUUACAGAUUGGAGUGAACACGAGACAUUUGUGUUACUAGAUGCAUGGGGGGAAAGGUUUCUUCAAUGUGGAAGAAAGAGUUUAAGGUCUGAAGAAUGGCAAGAAGUUGCAGACAGAGUUUCUCAAGAGUCAAAGAUAGAAAGAACAGACUCUCAAUGUAGAAACCGUUUGGAUACAUUGAAGAAGAAGUACAAAAAGGAGAAAGCUAGUUUAACAGGAAGCAGAGGUGUAAAUACUAAAUGGGUAUAUUUUAAAAAGAUGGAUAUGUUAUUAUCAGGGGAGAAUGCUUACAUGAACCCUAAUGAUAAUCUAAAUCCUGCAAAUGGGGUUGAUGAUAUGAGGGAUAGUGGUGGGAAUUCAGAUUCUCAAGAGGGUGAUGAUGAUUCCGAUUUGCUUCCGCCCAAGAAAUUGAAAUUUAAAGGCGGCGGUGGUGGUGGAGGUGGAGGAUCAUUCAGAUUGCUUGCGGAAUCGAUUAACAAAUUUAGUGAGAUAUAUGAGAAGAUUGAAAAUGGAAAGAUACAGCAGAUGAUAGAGUUGGAGAAGAUGAGGAUGGAUUUUCAUAAGGAUUUGGAAAUGCAGAAAAGGAAGAUUCUUGAUAGAGCACAAGCUGAGAUUACAAAAGUAAGACAAGGAGAUUAUGAAGAAAAUGAUGGAUCUGCUGAAAAUGUUAGCGGGUAAUGUAUCUUUUUAAUUAUUAACUAGAUUUUAAUUUUAUUAUUGUUAAUGUUAGUAUAUUGACUUGUUGUGUAAUAUUGAGGAUGCAAACUCUGAUGAGAUUGUUCUCUAUGCAAUAAAUGGAUGUAUUAUUAGUUGCCAUACAA